CCUCGUCGGUUGCCGUAGUUAGCUGAUGUAAGAAGACGGAAACUAUGGACGCUUUGGAAAGCGACUUAACUUCUUAUAACCUGUAAACGCGCACAAAAUAGACUGUAAGGGAAUCAAGUCUACACCCUGGCUGAUAUAUUGUGCGGCAUAUACUGAGCAGUUUGGUAUUUAACCACAGGAUCUACUGUAGUAACGUUUAGGAGCCAUAAGUGCCUGAUUCCUAUACAGGUUUGUGAACAGCGAACAGUGGACCUAAGUGGUAUGGCAGGAAGCUCCCCAGCAGAGAAACACUUUAGAUUCGUGGUUGUAGGAGGAGGAAUUUCAGGGGUCACUUGUGCAGAGCAGCUGGCCUUCCAGUUUCCUGAAGACGAAGUCGCUCUUCUGACCGCUGCUCCCCUGGUGAAGACUGUGACUAAUUUAAGACAGGUGUCCAAAACCUUGGAGGACUUUGAUGUAGAAGAACAGCCAUCCAGCAUCUUAGAGAAGAAGUAUACUAACCUGAAGGUUAUUCACUCAGCAGUCAGAGCCCUCUAUGCAAAACAGCAUGUGUUGCAGACUGAGGAUGAACGUAAAUUCCAUUACGAGAAGCUGUGUGUGUGCACCGGUGCCAGACCUAAACUCCUUAUCAAGGAGAACCCUCACGUCCUAGGUAUACGGGACACGGACAGUGCCCAGGACUUUCAGAAGAAGCUUUGCAAAGCCAAACGCAUGCUAGUUAUUGGGAAUGGAGGAAUUGCUUUGGAAUUGGUCUAUGAAGUGGAGGGCUGUGAGGUGAUCUGGGCGAUAAAGGACAAGGCUAUUGGGAAUACGUUCUUUGAUGCUGGAGCUGCUCAAUUCCUCAUCCCCUCACUGCAGUUGGAGAAACCUGAGAAAGCACUGCCCUGCAAGAGAACACGCUUCACCACUGAAAGAGCCCCGGAACCUAAAACAGGUUCAGCAGAUCUUGGUAGUGCCUUAGGUCCAGACUGGCACCUAGACAUCAGUCUAAGAGGAGCAGAGAAGGUUUCGCACAAUGUGCAUGUAGAGUAUGAGUGUGAGAUUGAAGCAAUCCAUUCCCAGCAGGACUUCAUGAGCUCACCACUCUAUCUACAGAAGGGUGACUUAGGCGUGUGGCCAGUUUAUGUACAGUUAACCAACGGGAAGGUAUAUGGCUGUGACUUUGUAGUCAGUGCUACAGGUGUGAUUCCAAAUAGUGAACCUUUUCUUCAGGGUAACAAUUUUGACCUGGCAGAGGAUCAUGGCCUUAGGGUUGAUGAACACAUGCGGACAUCUGAACCGGAUGUGUAUGCAGCUGGAGACGUGUGCAGUGCAGGCUGGGAGCCUAGUCCCCUCUGGCAGCAGAUGCGCUUGUGGACUCAGGCUCGUCAGAUGGGCUUCUACGCCGCACGCUGCAUAGCAGCCCACAUGCAGGAGGAGGCCAUUGAGCUUGACUUCUGCUUCGAGCUCUUUUCACACAUCACCAAGUUCUUCAACUACAAGGUGGUGCUGUUGGGCAAGUUUAAUGCACAGGGCCUUGGUUUAGAUCAUGAACUGCUGGUACGCUGCACUAAAGGCAUGGAGUACGUGAAGGUGGUGUUGAGCCGAGGGCGUAUGGUCGGAGCAAUCCUUAUUGGAGACACUGACCUGGAAGAGACCUUUGAGAAUCUCAUUCUCAACCAGAUGGAUCUUUCCUCAUAUGGGGACGAUUUGCUUAACCCUGGCAUUGACAUUGAGGACUACUUUGAUUAAAUUAAGAUGCUGAAUAUUCUAAUUAAGGAUUGUGCUGAUGUGUAUGAGUUUUUAACAAUAUAAUAUGUAUAAACUCAUGAAUAAAGCACUGCUAGAGAAUGUCACAAAGUGCACUCACUUUAAA